UCUUCUUUCAAUUUAUUUUUAAUUAAAAGAAACAAAAUCGUCUUUGAAGCUAUUAGAGAGAGUUGAAGUCAUAGAGAGAACCGGCUAUAUCAGUUCAUUAUCAAAAAGGAUUUGAGGAGUGAGAACUGCGAAAAAUGAAUAAAAUGAAAAAACACAUAGAAGAAAUAAGAAGGAAAAAGUUCUCCAUUGGUGUCCAGAAACAAAACCCUUUGACUGAGGAUCUUCACCAAGCUGUCAAGAAUCUAUCUGCUGAACUCUAUACCAGAGAUAUUCAUUUCCUCAUGGAGCUCAUUCAGAAUGCUGAAGAUAACCACUAUCUUGAAGGAGUGAGUCCAACAUUGGAGUUUAUCAUUACUUCAAAUGACAUAACAGCCACCGGAGCACCAGCCACAUUGCUUAUUUUCAACAAUGAAAAGGGUUUCUCUCGCGAAAAUAUUGAGUCUAUUUGCAGUGUUGGAAGAUCAACUAAAAAAGCCAAUAGGAACAUGGGUUACAUAGGCGAAAAAGGAAUUGGUUUCAAGAGUGUGUUUUUGGUUACUGCACAACCUUAUGUUUUUAGCAACGGAUAUCAGAUACGCUUCAAUGAGAUGCCUUGUCCGCAUUGCAGUCUUGGUUAUAUAGUUCCGGAAUGGGUUAAUGAAAAGCCAACUCUUUUUGACAUAAAAAAGAUAUAUGGUAAAAAUUCUCUUCCAACUACAACAAUUAUCUUGCCUCUGAAGCCCGACAAAGUGAAUCCGGUGAAACAGCAACUCUCAAGCAUUCACCCAGAAGUUUUAUUGUUCCUUUCAAAAAUCAGACACCUUUCUGUUAGAAAAGAUAAAGAGGACCCAAAUAUGACAUCUGAAACUAGUGUAUCUAUUUCAAGCGAGGUUAACUUUGUGUCGACGAAAAACAUGAAUGCUGAGUCUUACACAAUCCAUCUAUCUGCGGGGAAAAAUCGCAGUGACGAGAAGGAAUGCAGCUACUACAUGUGGAAGCAAAAGUUUCCUAUCAAGUUGGAAAAUAUGGUGGAAAGGAGAAUGGGUGUUGAAGAGUAUGUUGUGACACUGGCCUUCCCGCAUCAGGAGAGGCUUCACAAGAAUCAAAGUUUACCAGGGGUUUAUGCGUUUCUUCCUACCGAGAUGGUGACUAAUUUUCCCUUCAUAAUUCAAGCGGAUUUUGUCCUUGCCUCUUCAAGAGAGAAAAUUCUCUUGGAUAAUAAGUGGAAUCAAGGAAUACUUGAAUAUGUUCCAUCGGCAUUUAUAGAUGCAAUCAAAACACUUGUUACUGGAUUAGAUGAAGCUCCAGUAUGUGGAUUGGCUUAUAUAUUCAAGUUCAUUCCAAUGGAUAAUCCUCCUCUUGAGAGCUUUACUAAUGUGUGGGUGAAAAUCAAAGAAAAACUGGCUGAAGAAAAAAUUGUUCCUACUGAGACAUUCUCCAACCAAAAGCACUUCUGUAAGCCUCGUGAAGUUAGCAGGCUACUACCUGAAUUUUGGAGUAUUUUGACAAAGGCCCAGCAGGAAGGAGUGCACUUGCUUGACCUAUCUUCUCAUGAUGGUAGGAAAAUCUUGAGUUCUUCAUUUGACAAAACCGAGUAUGAUCAAGUACUCAACUUUUUAGGGGUGAAACAAGUGACUUUUGAUUGGUAUGCAAAGUGCAUCCAGAGUGCUAAUCUUGUGGAUGGAGUAUCCGAAGAUCUCUAUCUGGAGCUUUUACAUUUUGUUGCUAAAAACUGGCAAAGUUUUAAAGGCUCCAGCAUCACCCGCAUUCCAUUGAUUAAAUAUGUGGAUUCUAAUGGGAUACCAUCUUUUUUCAGUAUUAACGACUGCACACAGUCCUAUGCCAAGCGAGUAGUAUUAGUAGAUUCACGUGAGACUUGUCCUUGUUCUUGGCUGAUCAGUUGGAGCAGUGUAUUUUCAAGUGCAACAAAUGAAUAUUUUAUGCCCGAAAAUACACAACAAGCUAUCCUCCAGUUUACCAAUAAGCAGCAAAGUUUGCGGAAUUGGUUAGCAAAUAAUAUUUAUUUUCGCACUUUGAGUUUGUACAGUUUUGCACAAGUCAUCUGCAAUUCCAUUAAUAAUAACUGCAAACUUGCCAUUGCAUAUGCUCAUUUCUUAUACCACUCUUUGUCCAAGGGUUAUAUGACAAGCCAGCAGGUUUCUAGUCUAUGUAAUUCGAUGCCACUUGUGGACAAUUAUGGACAAAUAAAUAAAAAAAGAGGUGUGGUUCUUCUGCCUGCAAAUGUGAGCAAAUGGGCACAUUUGAUUGUUUCUAAUCCAUGGAGAAAUGAAAAUUAUGUUGAGCUAGGAAAGUCGUACCUAAAUACAUCUUCUUAUGCAGGCCAUUGUACGGAUUCAGAGAUGUUUAUUGGUUUCCUCAGAACCUAUGUUAAAGCCUCCGACAUACCUAAUCUAUCUCCUCCAAAUGCUGGGUUUUCAGCUGCAGAUACACCACUUACAAGCGACAAUGCAUUUUUGCUUUUGGAUUGGAUUCGGAACAUAAACCAUAGUGUCCUACCGGUGAGGUUCUUGGAAUGCAUUAAAAAAGGAAGCUGGCUUAAAGUUAGAAGUAAUGGAUACAAGCCUCCUUCAAAGUCAUUCUUAAUUGGUUCAUCAUUGGGAACACUUUUGCAUAGUGCUUCAGCUCUUGUUGACAUCCACCUGAUUGAUGAGAGCUUCUAUGGGGAAAGAAUAAACGAGUACACUGACGAGUUGAAAAGAGUUGGAGUGAUGUUCAGUUGUGAGGAAGCAUGUAAAUUCAUCGGAAUAGAGCUAAUGUCUCGUGCAUCUUCUUUCUCUUUAAGCAAGAGUCAAGUUCUUUUGAUGCUUAACUUCAUCCGAUAUCUCCGUAAAAGUCUUCUUCCUUUGGACAAAUUUGUCGAUAGCAUCAAAGAGGGAAGUUGGUUAAAGACAUCUCAUGGUCUUAGGUCUCCUGUUGGAUCUGUCUUGAAUGGUUCCGGAUGGCAAGUUGCGUCACAGAUUAGUAACAUACCUUUCAUCGAUCAAUCUCAUUUUGGUGAGGAAAUAUAUAAUUACAAAGAAGAGCUCAAGUUGCUAGGAGUGAUAGUUGAUGUAAGUGGAAAUUACCAAGUUGUCAUCGAGCAUUUAAAAUUACCCUCAAAUUUGGCCUCUUUGACAGCUGAGGCUGUUCAUUUGAUAAUGGAAUGCAUCAGACACUCGAAUACUCCUAUUAGUCUCUUAAAUUUGCUUAAGGAAAAAAACUGCUUGAAGACAAACAUGGGUUUCAAAACACCGGGUGAAUGUUUCUUGUAUGACCCGGUAUGGGGCUGCAUUUUGGAGGUAUUCAAUGAUCUUCCUGUUAUUGAUCAUAAAUUUUAUGGGGAGAAGAUUUUCAGUUUCAAAGAUGUAUUGAAGCAAACAGGGGUUUUGGUUGAUUUUAUGGAUGCCAUCAAAAAAUUUGCUAGUCUCUUCGAACGAAAGGCAUCAGAAACUUCAAUUAACCAACAAAAUGUUAUGUCAUUUCUCUCUUGUUGCAGGCUGCUGGAGGGAACUGAAUAUAGAUUUCCUUCUGAUUUCGAAACCAUCAUACGUAAAUCGAAGUGGUUGCAUACCAGUGUUGAUGGUUUUAGGUGUCCAAAACAAUGCAUUUUAUAUGGUCCGGAGUGGAAAUUGAUAUCGUCGAUAACUUGUCUCCCUUUCAUUGAUUACAGUGACAAAGGGUGUGGUUUGGGAAUACAUGAGUACAAGGAAGAGCUGAAGAGAAUUGGCGUUGUUACUGAAUUGAAAGAUGGAGUGAAGUUUGUGCCCGAAUGUCUGAAUUUUCCUUCAGAUCCCUCCACCAUUAGUCCUGAAAGUGUGAUGUCUUUGCUAGAGUGGUUCCAACUUCUAAUGCAUGACAACAAGCUUUCCUUUGGCAACGAUUUCAGAAAAAGAUUGUCCAAAAGUUGGUUGAAGACACAUGUUGGUUAUAGGCCUCCAAAUAAGUGUUUGUUGUAUGAUUCCAAGUGGAGUUCUUUCUUGAAUCCAAUUGAUGGGCCUUUUAUUGAUGAGAAUUUUUAUGGACCUAACAUUGCAUCUUUCCAGAAAGAACUCAAUGCAAUAGGUGUCAUUACUGAAGUUGAGAAGGGGUGCUCCUUGCUUUCCGUUCACCUUGAGUCUCUCUCUGAUCAUGAUACUAUUGUGAAAAUAUACAAGUACUUAUGUGAACACAACUGGAAACCCGAGGAGAAUGCUGCAAGAAAGAUUUGGAUUCUGGAUGGAAACAAAGAUGGUAAGUGGGUUGAUUCUAAGGAAUGCAUCGUACAUGACCCCGCUAAACUGUUUGGUUCAAAAUUUCAUGUUCUAGAAGAUAUCUAUGAUAAAAAUAUUCUUGUUUUUUUCAACGUAUUGGAAGUUAAGAAUAAGCCCUUACUAGAAGACUAUGUUGACCUUUGGAAUGAGUGGGGGAGUUCAGUGAAGCAACUAUCACAUGACGAGUGCUGCAAUUUCUGGAUGUCUAUCUCAAAACUUUUGAACCCAAUAGAGGAGAAAAAACUCGCUGACAGUUUGAAGAAACUACCUACGACAUCAGGAAAUAAUGAUAUACUUCUGGCCGAUAAGGAAGAUGUUUUUAUUCCUGAUAACCUUCAUAUGAAGAAGCUUUUUGAGAGCGAGAAAGUUUUUGUAUGGUAUCCUAAGCAUAACAUGACACCAUUGUUCAAGUGCAAACUAUCUGAUAUUUACAGAAACAUUGGUGCUAGAAAUAUCUCUGAAUCACUAUCCAAAGAAGAAUCAUCGGUAGUGAAUGAUGAUGUUAAAUUGGAGCAUGUUGAUCCAAAUAAUAUUUUCAACUUAAGGGGGUUGGUUAAGCUUAUUCUUGGUUUUCUAGCAUGUUGUAGCCUAAAAAUGGAACAAAGUAAGAGACAUGAAGCUGUUCAAAGUCUUGUAAACUUGAGUUUCCACGAGACAAAGGAGCCAAUCAAUGUAAGCUAUAGUUUAUCAUUAUCAUCAGGGGACGUCAUUACAAAAAAAUCAAACAAAAGGGUGCGCUGGGAAAGUCAAAGUUCUAUGUUUAUAAUCCAGAAGAUGGAUAGUGUUCGCGGCGAUGAAAUGAAACAUGCUUCAAAUUUCUCUGAAGCAAUAUCUGAAGGCGUUUUACGCGAGAGUCAUGAUCAUGUUCCUGCACUCGCUGAACUAAUCACACUUGGUUUCUUUCUGAAAUUUAAAAGCGAAGAAAUUGAUUUUCUAAUGGAAUCCAAGAAUCUACAUAUUGAGCAUGAAGAUGAGAUGUUCCUCAAUUCUGUCUUCCCUUCUUGCUAACUCUAUUGCCGCUGCUUACUGGUUGUUUGAAUAUGUUUUUGUUUUCCUCUCAGUUGAUGUUAACAGUUUUAGACUGGUUUAUCUAAUCAUGUGUUAAAAUAAUUUGCUGGUUUUACAUUUAUGUGUGUAGCACUUAAUUAUGG